AUGCCUAAAAGAUCAAGAGAAAGCUAUGUACAAGCAGUGAAUGAACUACGUAAUCGAGUAGCAAAAGUAAGCAUGAUUUUUAUAUUUUGAAAAAAGUUUUUUAAAUCUUGAAUUCGUUAUCGAAAUGUGGUGGGAAUCUUUAAUAAAUUACUAUUGUAAACAAUUUAAGGUAUAAUACAAGAAAACCCCCCUUAGUAUGACACACAAGGGACUGGCUUAAACUUGUCCUUCUAACCAGAGUGUCACAUUAUGCUCAAAAAGCUGUCAUUAAAAAGAGAGUGUUACACCAUUGAGCGCCAUAUUAAAGAGUUUUCACUAUACAAAUGUUAUGAACUCAUUUCAGCACUCAAACAAUGCCAAGUUCCAUGCAACCGAUAUUCAUCGUGCCGAAACCUUUGAUUGGUGGCUACAUUCCUUCUUAAAAUCGCGACAGAACGACCUUGACGUAGCUUCAGCCGUCUUUUUCGAAUGUUUGAAAUGGCGGCAAAGUUUUGGAGUCCAUUGUAAGUGAUUGAUAUUAUUUUGCUUCACUCUGGUGCUGUUGGUACAAUUUUUUAUUUUUGGAAGAGGGAGGGGACCUCAAAGACAAAACAAUGUUCAUGUAUACUGAUGGUCAUACUCUAUCUUUAUACUCAUACUCAACUUUUAUUAGGUUGUUCAAAUAAUUCUGUACCGCCCAACCCCAAAAAUUUGCUUUAAGAGGGGGCACAGAAUUAUUUGAACGUCCUAAUAUUCUCAUUUUCUGGUUUUGUGGCACAUGUUCUUUGCCUAUAUUACUUUUGUUAUUAGCUAUCGGAUUGCUUGAGCUGAAGACGGCAUUGGAAAACAACUUUGUGUACUUCCACGGCAAUGACAACGAUGGUAACAGACUUUGUAAGUUGAUUUGCACUUAUCAGUGAUAAAGAACAACAAUUUAUCAUAAUGUCAAUGAUAAAUUGUUGUCUGGUCUGAAAGUGCAAAAGUAAUUGUUUUUGGUCUCACUGUGUAAAUGAAGUAUACUGGUAAUUUCAGUAUGGAUUAACUUUGACAAAAACGAUGGUAAUGAGAAGCUCAACCAAAGAUUACUUGUAUUCUGGUUGGAACGGCAUUGUGUUGAUACCGAGAAUCAACCGAUUUCCAUCUUCAUGAACUUCAACAAUGCUACAGCUCAGACUAUGGUAAGUUCGCUUCACAAUAGAGGACAGCUCUCCUUACUAUAGUCAACAAAAGAUACCUGUUUUUCCUUGUUACCUAUUCCAUGACCAGUACUAUACUAAAUUAUGUUAAAAAGCUUCAUAUUACUGUUGAUAAAGGCUCAACAUUACUACUUUUUACUCGUUUUAGGACCUAAACUUCAUAAAAUUUGUCUUCCAUUGUGUACGAUACUACUUCCCAGCAUGUUGUCAUCGUAUCUACGCUCACGAGGUUCCACUUCGGUUAUGUGCCAACUGGAGGGUAGUUAAGCAAUAUAUUGAUGCUGUCGACUCGGAGUUGUCAAAUUGUACGAUACAAACGGUGGGAAGGACAAUAGCAACAUACAUACCUCUACGUUAUGUUCCCAAGUAUAUGGGAGGGCAUGUAAGUUGGAUGUUCCAGUAGAAGUCGAUUAAUUCGUUAGAAUUCUUGAUUAGAUUCAUGUAGAUCCAUUCAUUUUUUUUGUUUCUUCUAUAAAUACCUUCCGAAUCUAUAAAUGACCCCCUGAAUCCACUAAUCCUGUCGUUUUUUCAAAUUUAAAUUAAUUUUGUAAAAAAUAUUGUUUAAGGAUGACUUCAAGUUCACGUUGAGUGAUUUGGCAAGAUCAACAGGAUCACCAAUGGUUCGAGCCAGAAGAUUCGGCAAGAACCUCUCAAAUUCCUUGGAGAGCUUCGAUUCAGAAUCCGUUAGUGACGAAAGCCCUUUGAAUUCAUUGAUCGAAGAGGUGGAAAACCGAAAAUCCAAAGCAAAACCCGAAAAUAAGCUGGUAAAACAAGAGAGCACAGAGAAAAAGAGGGUGAGUUUAAUGGAAUAUGGAAUAAAGUCAUGUUGUAGUAGAUAACAUGAGCCAAGAGAUGUUAUAGUAUUAGGUUGUUCAACUAAUUAUGUGCCCUAACCCCAACAUUUGAUUUGGGAGGGGGCGCAGAAUUAUUUGAACAACCUAAUAAAGAAAAACUGCCAAAAUAUGAUGUUAUAGUAGAUAAAAUUGGUCAAAAUGUAAUGUUAUAGUAGUUAGAAAUGGUCAAAAAACUUGAGUUUUCAGAAAAUAGUUGCUGACCUAACAUACAAGCGAUAAAUCACCCAAAGUCAUAAUAAAAUAUAUUAUAGUUAGUCAAGUUCGAAGCCGACUACAGCCAAAACACGACGAAAACCGAAGAUACCUCUAUAUUAUCCACCUCAAUUGACUGGCAACAUCGCAAGUUCAUGGCGGUUGCUCCAAAGCGCUCGAUAACCAUCUUCUACGACCUUGAUGACCCCAACGAAGGCGCAGUAAAUCUAAUACUACAAAGUAUGUCAGCAUGGUUUGUGUAUUUUACUGUGGGAGCAAACUCAAGACGACACUUACAAAUCACUCCAAACAAAGGGAUUCUGAAUCCAAAUGAGAGGAUCAAUGUGAUUGUUAAGGCACUCAGUAAGUUUUUGAUUAUAUUAUGGUACUCGAGGACUAAUAUUGACAGUAAAAGUACAAAAUAGUACCAUGUUAGUAUUAAAAAUGAAUUUAGUACUAAAAAACAUUUAUAUUACUUUAGUUCCUAUCCACAACCCAGCCAAGUACAAGAUCGAAAUAUUGGCCGCCCGCUACCGCAAUCCCCCUGCCAUGGCCUCAUCUUCAACUGGUCCAGAUAUGUACUCAGAAGCUCCGGAAGAUCGUGUCAAAUUCCACUACGAUUGCUUCGCCAGAGCAGAUCGUACCACCAAAUACCCAGAUUGUUACCCAAUCAAUGAAGAAGCUUCUGAAUACGACAAAAAGAUGAGUUUACUACACAAACCUUCUGAUGUAUACUCACAUAAGACCUCCGACAGCAUGUACGGACAACUUAUCCGACAAGCUAUGUCAUCCACCCCCAAAUACGACGUAAUAGACGAUUCUAAAAUGGAUAUUACCCUACCCGAUCAAAUCACAUUGUUUGGCAGGGGGAAUGCGCUUCAAAAUACCAAAUUCUGGUCGUAUUUUAUCAUUCUAGAUGCGUGCUUGGCAUACAUUGUGUACUUUUUGUAUACUGUAACUUAA